GUCGCGGUCCUUGUCCCCGCCCCGCGCUGCUGGCCCGGCGGCCCCGGCUGCAGUCGCGAGGUGCAACCGGGCCGCUGAGGCCCGGGCGGCCGAAGCUGGUGCCACGGUAACCCGGGAGCUGCGAUCGCGGGCUCGGGGGGCCGGGAGGGGUGCGGAGCCGGGCAGGUGCAGCCCCACCCGCCCGGCUGCGAGGGCUAAAAAUACUGCCCGGAGACUGCGGAGCGGAAUCCGAUCGCGCAAAGUAGGGCAGGGCGCAGAGCCGGCGACAGAGCGGCCCGCAGGCCUCGCCCCGGCUCCAGGACCCGAGCGCUGCCGGCCUGGCGCAAAGUUUUGCACUGUAGGAAUCAGUGCUCAUGGAAAGAAUGUAAGACUGGCUAUGUGUCGCCAACGGAGCUCGGUUUUUCUUUUUCCGCUACAGGGGACUGAACCCAAGACCUCGCAUGCUAGGUGCACUUGGAGGCCAGAAUGAAGCUGAAGAAGCAGGUGACGGUGUGCGGGGCUGCCAUCUUCUGUGUGGCUGUCUUUUCGCUUUACCUCAUGCUGGACCGGGUGCAGCAUGACCCUGCCCGGCAUCAGAACAGUGGGAACUUCCCCCGGAGCCAAAUUUCUGUGCUACAGAACCGCAUCGAGCAGCUGGAACAGCUACUGGAAGAGAACCAUGAGAUCAUCAGUCACAUCAAGGACUCAGUGCUGGAGCUGACGGCCAAUGUGGAGGGCCCACCCGCCCUGCUGCCCUACCACACGGCCAAUGGCUCCUGGGUGGUGGCCCCAGAGCCCCGGCCCAGCUUCUUCUCCGUGUCGCCCCAAGACUGCCAGUUUGCUUUGGGGGGCCGGGGCCAGAAGCCAGAGCUGCAGAUGCUGACAGUGUCGGAGGAGUUGCCCUUCGACAAUGUGGAUGGCGGUGUGUGGAGACAGGGCUUUGACAUCUCCUACAGCCCGCACGACUGGGAUGCUGAGGACCUGCAGGUGUUCGUGGUGCCACACUCCCACAAUGACCCAGGUUGGAUCAAGACCUUCGACAAGUACUACACAGAGCAGACCCAGCACAUUCUCAACAGCAUGGUGUCCAAGCUGCAGGAGGACUCCCGCUGGCGCUUCCUCUGGGCAGAAGUCUCCUUCUUCGCCAAGUGGUGGGACAACAUCAAUGCCCAAAAGAGGGCAGUAGUCCGAAGGCUGGUGGGAAACGGGCAGCUAGAGAUCGCGACGGGAGGCUGGGUAAUGCCCGAUGAGGCCAACUCCCACUACUUUGCACUGAUUGACCAGCUCAUCGAGGGACACCAGUGGCUGGAGAGAAACCUCGGUGUGACCCCGCGCUCCGGCUGGGCAGUGGACCCGUUCGGACACAGCUCCACCAUGCCAUACCUGCUGCGCCGUGCUAACCUGACCAGCAUGCUGAUUCAGAGAGUGCACUAUGCCAUCAAGAAGCACUUCGCGGCCACCCAUAGCCUGGAGUUCAUGUGGAGGCAGACAUGGGACUCAGACUCCAGCACAGACAUCUUUUGCCACAUGAUGCCCUUCUACAGCUAUGAUGUCCCGCAUACUUGUGGCCCUGAUCCCAAGAUCUGCUGCCAGUUCGAUUUCAAACGGCUGCCUGGUGGUCGCAUCAACUGCCCUUGGAAAGUGCCGCCCCGGGCCAUCACAGAGGCCAACGUGGCAGAGAGGGCAGCCCUGCUCCUAGACCAGUAUCGGAAGAAGUCCCGACUGUUCCGAAGUAAUGUCCUGCUGGUGCCACUGGGUGAUGACUUUCGGUAUGACAAGCCUCAGGAGUGGGAUGCCCAGUUCUUCAGCUACCAGCGGCUCUUUGACUUCCUUAACAGCAAGCCUGACCUCCACGUGCAGGCCCAGUUUGGCACCCUCUCAGACUAUUUUGAUGCCCUGUACAAGAGGACUGGGGUGGAGCCAGGGGCCCGGCCCCCAGGGUUUCCAGUGCUAAGCGGGGAUUUCUUCUCCUACGCGGACCGUGAGGAUCACUACUGGACUGGCUAUUACACCUCCCGGCCUUUUUACAAGAGCUUGGAUCGAGUCCUAGAAGCCCACCUACGGGGGGCAGAGAUCCUGUACAGCUUGGCUCUGGCACACACCCGCCGCUCUGGCCUGGCUGCCCAGUACCCAUUGUCCGACUUCACUGUCCUGAUGGAGGCCCGGCGCACUCUGGGGCUCUUCCAGCACCAUGACGCCAUCACGGGCACUGCCAAGGAGGCUGUGGUGGUGGACUACGGGGUCAGGCUUCUGCGUUCGCUCGUCAGCCUGAAGCAGGUCAUCAUCAAUGCAGCCCACUACCUGGUGCUGGGGGACAAGGGGACCUACCAUUUUGAGCCCGGGGCACCCUUCCUCCAAGUGGAUGAUGCCCGCUCUAGUCAUGACGCCCUGCCAGAGCGUACAGUGAUCCAGCUGGAUGCCUCGCCCAGGUUUGUGGUGCUCUUCAACCCACUGGAGCAGGAGCGGCUUAGUGUGGUGUCCCUGCUAGUCAAUUCACCGCAUGUGCGGGUCCUGUCGGAGGAUGGCCAGCCCCUGCCCGUGCAGAUCAGCGCCCACUGGAGCUCAGCUACCAACAUGGUCCCCAAUGUCUACCAGGUGUCCCUGCCUAUCCGCCUGCCUGCCCUGGGCCUGGGUUUGCUUCAGCUACAGCAGGGCCUGGACACGCACCGCACACUGUCCUCCUCUGUGCGCAUCUACCUGCACGGCCAGAGUCUGUCAGUCAGCCGGCACGAAGCCUUCCCCAUCCGGGUCAUCGACUCAGGUGGCAGUGACUUCGCCCUCAGCAACCGCUACAUGCAGGUCUGGUUCUCAGGCCUUACCGGGCUGCUCAAGAGCAUCCAAAGAGUGGACGAGGACAGGGAACAGCGGACAGACGUGGAGCUCCUCGUCUAUGGUACCCGCGCGUCCAAGGACAAGAGCGGCGCCUACCUCUUCCUGCCUGAUGACCAGGCCAAGCCCUAUGUCCCCAAGAACCCGCCUGUGCUGCGUGUCACUGAAGGCCCUUUCUUCUCAGAGGUGGUCGCUUACUAUGAGCAUGUUCACCAGGUGGUCCGACUGUACAACCUGCCAGGGGUGGAGGGGCUGUCUCUGGACAUGUCAUUCCUGGUGGACAUCCGGGACUACAUCAACAAGGAGCUGGCCCUGCGCAUCCACACGAACAUUGGCAGCCAAGGCACCUUCUUCUCAGACCUCAAUGGCUUUCAGGUGCAACGCCGGCAGUAUCUGAAGAAGCUGCCCCUGCAGGCCAACUUCUACCCCAUGCCGGUCAUGGCCUACAUCCAGGAUGCUCAGAGGCGCCUCACACUGCACACGGCCCAGGCCUUGGGCGUCUCCAGCCUCAGCGAUGGUCAGCUGGAGGUGAUCUUGGACAGGCGGCUGAUGCAGGAUGAUAACCGGGGCCUGGGCCAAGGUCUGAAGGACAACAAGAGAACCUGGAACCAUUUCCGCCUUCUGCUUGAACGUCGAACUGUGGGCAGUGAGCCUGGCUAUUUCUCCAAACUGGCAGCCAUGCUUAGGGGCUUGAUCUUUCCCAGCAGCAGGAGCGAUGACCGAAAGGUCCAGGAUGACCGCUCCACCAGCUACCCGUCCCUCCUCAGCCAUCUGACUUCCAUGUACCUGAAUACCCCGGUGUUCACCUUUCCUGUUGCCAAGACGCCAUCCCCAGGCCCCAGUCUGCGUGCCUUUCACCCUCUGGUGUCCUCACUGCCCUGUGACUUCCACCUGCUCAACCUGCGCAUGCUCCAGGCUGAGGAGGAUAACUUGCCCUCAGCAGAUACUGCGCUCAUUUUACACCGCAAGGGUUUCGACUGUGGUCUCGAGGCCAAGAACUUGGGGUUCAACUGCACCACAAGCCAAGGCAAGGUAGCCCUGGGAGGCCUUUUCCAUGGCCUGGACGUGGUAUUCCUGCAGUCAACCUCCUUGACCCUGCUCUACCCGUUGGCCUCACCCUCCAACAGCACGGACCUAUAUCUGGAGCCCAUGGAGAUUGCCACCUUUCGCCUCCGCUUGGGUUAGGGCUUCCCGUGGCCUCAAAAGAAGUUUGUCCACAGAGACUGCCACCCCGGGUAUCCCAUCCCGAUCUGCCUCUCAGAACUGCGACAAACUGGGCUCUGCCCUCACUUUCUGUUUGUUGCUUCUGUGUUUGAGGCAACCCGCACACCCAGCCGUGGGCAGGUAGGGCAGAUGCAGUGAGGUGUUGGAGAUGAGGGCCUUGGUCAGGCUGGCCUAUGCCAGGUUCUGCUUUGGGCUGAGUGUGGCUGCCGAGCGGGGCCCCAGCCUAGGCUCCCAGCCUUUUCCCAGGAUGAGGUAUAGGAGGCGUAGGGGCAGAUGGAGGUUUAGUGGGUUGUGGUCCGUGCAGGUAAUUAUUGGAAAGGGCUGGCUCUGGUGGCCCUGUGGUGAUCUAGAGGCUACCUGUUCCAGUGUGAGAAGCAAGAUAAGAGUGGUUCUAAAUGGAGACCCACGUUGACAGUGGGGUGGAGGAGCAGAAGGAAUCCCUGUUUCUCCUAAGAGCCUGAGGGUCUCGCUGCUUUCUGAGAGUCUCUACUCUCAGUACCACUUGGCCUACAUGCCCUGGCUUGCGGGGUGACUGGAAAGACUUGCUAGGCACAUGGACAGGUCUUAGGACACUUGAGGUAUCAAAACCCCACCUCAGACUGGCACUGGGUCUGUGUGUUGACUUGUGUGGUGGGGUAGUGACAAGGGCAUGGGAAGGGGGGUCUUCCUCCCUACCUGACCCUUCUUUGUUUCCCCUUGUUCAUCCAUUGUCCCCCAAAAAUCUUCCUGUCCUGGGGGUUUGGCCCUAGAAAGUUUUUUCCUAGGAAAGAAAUCUAGCCUCUAAGAUCCUGCAGGCCUGGGCAGCUUGACAGGGCAUCUGGUGCCAUGCCCAAUGGGCAGGCCUUGGGGCUUCACCUUGGGCCCAUCCUUGGGCAAAAGUGUUGUAUUCCUGGCAGGGACUGAGGAUAUGCAGGCUAAAUUAGGAGGCGACAGGGCUGCUCAUGAGCUUUUAUUUUAGCUGCAAUCAAUAGAGAAAAAUUUGUAAGAGUCCUUUCAGAUGCUGAAAAGAUAUUUGGUAACAUUUAUAACCUAUCCCUUAUUAAAACUCUUAGGAAGACUAGGAAGAAAUAUCCUAAUCUACAUAAAGGUCUCUCAGACAUUCUAAAGAGUCAGACACCACAGGCAUCCCAUGAGAGUCAGGAUCUAAGCAGGGGUGUGCUGCUGUCUUGGGGUCGAGGCAACCCAGCCUGCCAUAAAGCUGAUGAGGGGAUAGGGAAGAAUUAGAUUCCAUUAUCUAUAAACAGUAAAGCUGCCUAUUGGCAAAAUCUAAGAGAAUCAAGAACACCUACUAAGAGCUUUCCAUAAUUUGAUGCACUGCUACACAUUCCUGUAAAGAUCUCGGUUCUUCUCACUUCAGCCCAUAAAUUCAGUGUAAUUUCAGCAAAAUCGAAUUACUUCUUGAGAUUCAGCUGGUUCUGAAGUUCAUUGGGAAGAAUAAAGACGGGAGGAAUGAAGAUAGUUCUGUGUUGACGGACGGGUUUGGAGUGGUGCUGAGGUGUAAAGCGACUUGCCCUACUGGGCUCUCCAGAGGUCUUUCCUACAGGCACCGAUUCAAUCAGUGUGACAGACUGUAUCAGACAGAUGGGAGGGACAAUAUGGAGUGUCCAGAAAAAGAUCCUAGAACAAAAGAAUUUUGUAUGUGAUAAAAAGGAUUUUAAGUGGGGGGAAAUGGAUUAUUUAAUAAACAGUACUUUGAGACAACUAGCUAUUAGAGUUAGAUCUCUACCUCAGUUUCCACAAAACUUACUUCUAAAGGGGAAAAAAUAAAAUGACAAAACUACUGAAGAAAAAAAUAUUUUUAUAUCUGUGAUGUGGGAUUCUUUUCUAAACAUGAAACCUAAGAACCUAAGAGACAUAAUAAGGGAAGAAAUAACAGUUUCUCUCUCUCUCUCUCUCUCUCUCUCUCUCUC